AUGGAACAGCAGAAGGAGCGCGCGCCCCACGAGGGCAGGACAGUCAAGGAAAAGGAAUGGUACCCAACUCACGUGCAGCUGACGAUCCUUAGGGCUCAGAAUCUACCUGCCAAAGGACGCUCUGGGUUCAGCAAUGCCUAUGUGAUCAUCCGGCUCCAGAAAGAGAAAUAUAUGACCUCAGUGGUGCAUCAUAACCUGAGCCCUGAGUGGAAAGAGGAUUGCAUCCUUCGGUUGCCGGGUAAACUGGAUAUUUUGGAGGAUCCUAACCUCAUCUUAACAGUCAAGCAUCAUUCACAGUGGUUCGCAGACCAGUUCCUGGGCCAGAUAUCCAUUUCUCUGAAGCAGCUUUUCCAAGACAAAACCAAGAGGAACAAUGAGUGGUUCACCUUGCAGUCCAAAAGCAAGAAGACCAACAAGUACCUUGGGCAUCUACAACUCAGUAUUCAGUUCAUGGAGAUUUCAGGCCAGGACAGGGAGCCAGUUUUUCCAAGAGACAGUGGGUCAUGGGCAUCCUUUGGCAAACUGCACAGCAGAUUAAUGAAUAAGAGAAGCAAGAUUUAUAAAGCAAAUCCUUUUCCUAUGCCCAGUAUUGGUGACUACAGCUAUGUUAAUGAAUCAGAGAAGGCAUCAAUUACUGCCCCUAGUUCUUCAGGAUACACAUUUCCAGCUAGAGCAUCACCUGUUAUGCUGGCCCUGGAAACAGAUGUCAACACACAAGACAGUACUCAAGGCUUGGGGUUCAAACUUCAUUCCUGCCAAGAGAUAUUCCAGGAUUUAAAUCAAUGCACAGAAGGUAUCAGUUCGAUACCAAAGCAUUCAAGUAGCUAUCCAACCAUGUCACCCUCCUUACUCCGGCUGCCACGCCAAGAGGCUCCAGACCUGGCCAGCAAGGCAUUUACUCCAUUCAGCAAAAAGAAAUCAAGCCUCCCAAAGGAAAGGGACUGUGAAGACUUUUGGGAGAUCUUUUCAGAGAACUUAGACUGUACAUCCCAGAAUAGUCUACAUACUAACAAGACAUAUUGUUCAUCUGCCCCUUCCUUCUCCCCAGUGCACCAGGUUCCCAAAGAGCCUGCUUCAAAGAAACAGCAAAGUUCGUCAAAGGGCUUACAUAGUUGCUAUGGUUCAUGUCUUCGUUGUUUUGGUUUAUUCCCUGAUGCAUGA